ACAACUUUGACAUAAACGAACCGAGGCGAGCGAAGCGAGCGCAAUCGCUGCGUGAAUGUGAAUUUCACCUAAAUUUAUUUUAAAAUUUUGUACUCGAGGUGCGGACAGAGAGUUCCAUCAUGAGUGCAAUAAUGAAAGCCGCUAUGUCUCGUAGCCCUGCAACAUUGGCUGCACAUGUCUACAGAAACCUCCACCUAGCUGUUGGAGGUGCCAGCCAAAGAAAUGCCUCUUCGAACACUAACACGACCAAGGCAUACACUGUCACUGACCAUAAACACGAUGCUCUGGUCAUCGGAGCUGGAGGAGCAGGACUCCGUGCGGCCUUCGGUCUGGUGCAGGAAGGCUUCAGGACUGCGGUCGUAACAAAACUAUUCCCAACAAGAUCUCACACAGUAGCUGCACAAGGAGGAAUCAAUGCUGCUUUAGGUAACAUGGAAGAGGACAGUUGGCUAUGGCAUAUGUACGACACUGUUAAGGGCUCCGAUUGGCUUGGAGAUCAGGAUGCGAUCCACUACAUGACACGCGAAGCCCCGCACGCGGUAAUCGAGCUCGACAACUACGGAAUGCCGUUCUCCAGAACGCCUGAAGGCAAGAUCUACCAGCGUGCCUUCGGUGGACAGUCCCUGAAGUUCGGGAAGGGAGGACAGGCUCACAGAUGCUGUGCCGUUGCUGACAGAACUGGCCACUCCUUACUGCACACCCUGUACGGCCAGUCUCUGCGUUACGACUGUGAAUACUUCAUCGAAUACUUCGCGCUCGACUUACUAAUGGAAGACGGCGUCUGCAAGGGAUGCAUCGCCUUGAACCUGGAAGAUGGUACCUUGCAUAGGUUCCAAGCCAAGAACACGAUCCUAGCGACAGGCGGCACCGGGCGCUCGUACUUCAGCUGCACGUCGGCGCACACGUGCACCGGCGACGGCACCGCCAUGGCCGCGCGCGCCGGCUUACAGAACGAGGACAUGGAGUUCGUGCAGUUCCAUCCCACCGGUAUCUACGGAGCUGGUUGCCUCAUGACCGAGGGUUGCCGAGGUGAGGGUGGAUUCCUGGUCAACGCGAAGGGCGAGCGGUUCAUGGAGCGCUACGCCCCGGUAGCCAAGGAUCUGGCCAGCCGUGACGUCGUGUCCAGGGCUAUGACCGUGGAGAUCAUGGAAGGUCGCGGCUGCGGUCCCGAGAAAGACCACGUGCACCUCCAACUGCACCACUUGCCGCCCGAACAACUCAAGCAGCGCCUGCCCGGUAUUUCCGAGACGGCCAUGAUCUUCGCGGGCGUCGACGUCACCAAGGAGCCCAUCCCUGUGCUGCCCACUGUGCACUACAACAUGGGAGGCACGCCCACCAACUUCCGCGGCGAGGUGAUCACGCACUACAACGGUCAAGAUCGCGUCGUCCCCGGCCUAUUCGCAGCCGGCGAGGCGUCUUGCGCGUCCGUUCACGGCGCCAACCGACUGGGCGCCAACUCGCUGCUCGACAUCGUAGUGUUCGGCCGCGCCUGCGCGCUCACCAUCGCCGAAAUCGCCAAGCCAGGCGAUGCGCAGGCGCCGCUUAAGGAUUCAACCGGUGAAGCUAGUAUCGCGAACCUGGACCAGAUCCGUUACGCGAAUGGAGCUAUUCCCACCGCUGACCUGCGUCUACGCAUGCAGAAGUGUAUGCAGAAGAACGCAGCUGUCUUCCGGCAGCAGAGCACGCUUGAAGAAGGUCACCGCCAAAUGAGCGAGAUCUACAAGCAGAUCAAGGACGUCAAAGUAUCAGACCGCUCGUUGAUCUGGAACAGCGACCUCGUAGAAACUUUGGAGCUCCAGAACCUUCUCAUCAACUCGGUUCAGAUCGUCGAAGGAGCGCUCGCGAGGGAGGAAUCGCGUGGAGCGCACGCGCGUGAGGACUACAAAACUCGCCGCGACGAGUAUGACUACUCCAAGCCGCUGGAUGGACAGACCAAACUACCUUUCGAGAAGCACUGGAGAAAGCACACGCUAGCGGAGACAGACAUCGAAACCGGCGACACCAAGCUCACGUACCGGCCCGUCAUCGACGCCACGCUGGACGGCGGCGAGUGCAAGACCGUGCCGCCCGUCAUCAGGACGUACUAACGCGCACUCUAGGUAAUAUUGAUGUUGUCGGGUGCUGACUGGGCUGAUAAGUAUAUCGCAGGCACAAGCGUAUUCUGGCCUGGACCAACCAUGUUCAUUCGUUUAUUUAAAUGUCAUUUAUUUAUUACUUAGACUAGCCUCAUUAAGCGUUACGCAACCGCAAGAAUACUCCAUAAAUUAAAUAAUAAUCCUUGUUCCAAAGCUAUGUACAAAAUGUUAUGUGCCACUCGUGUUGUUACCAUUCUUGUUUAAAGGUUGUAUUCUCGUUAUUACCACAGUUGUAUACAUUUGUAUUGUUAUAGAAUGCAGCAUUUAUUAUGGUUUAAAUGUUAAUGACCUCAGCAGCACCGUAAGGUACUUAUAGCCUGACCAGGAACAUAAAAACCCUGGCAUAGAGGCGCGUCAAUUGCAUUUGAUAGUGCAACACUGAGUACAGUCGUACCUGUGUUAAAUUAAUAGUAUCAGGAUUCAGGAUUACGGGCUAAUUUGAUAUUUUCAUAAAUUAACGAAAAAAUAUUAUUAUAGGUAACCUGGUUUAAAUAAAUUAAACGAAACCAUCAAUCGAGCUAGUAGGAUUUAUUUUAUUAUUCAUCAAUAAUCAAAUUCAGAACUUGAAUAUUCAACUGCAAUGUCUGCUCAUGAACGCUUCAAACUCGGUACUUCUUUCCCAAUUCCAUAAAAUUCAACACUUAGAAAGUGACAAAAAACUUUAAAAUAGGUAGUUGAAACAAACCACAGCUAAUUUUCAUAGUGGACUGUACUAUACGGUAAACAUGUCAGUCAAUUUGACAACCUUUGUUGGAAACAUUAUUCAAUGAAAAUAUUGUCCGAACCCUUGGUAUUUCUCUUCGACAAAUACUUUAACACAUUGUGAACCACUUUUCUUUCACGACUAUAAAAAGAUUUUAGCAAUUUCUUUCACAAAAUCAAUGGCGCACAUUUAAAAUCAAGUUUGUUUACACUUUGACAGCAAUAGACUGACAUGCAAGGUGACAUGUCAAUGAAGUUUUCAGUUACUGUUGCCAUUAAAAGAAAUUAGUACCAUUAGUUUUCCGCAACAUGGCGAGGGUUUUUAUGUUCCUGGUCAGGCUAUAAAUGUAGUCUUUUAGAAAAAAAUGUGUCUUGUACAUUGUAAGUACCCAGAAUGAAUAUCAUUGAAAUCAUGGAUGUUUCCAUUUAGUAAUGUUAAUGACUAGUUAAUUAUGACUAAAUGAUAACUACAGUUUUAAAUCUUUGCUGGUAAAAGUGACAGCGUGAGAUGUGACUCUCGAUGAAAAAUCAGAAAAUAUAUUUUAUUUGCAUUUGCGAAAUCGAUAGCAAUUUUUAUCGUCUUGCUAAUGCAAAAAAUAACCCCACAAAAUCAAGAUGUGUCAUGUUGUAAUUUUAUUUUAAACACAUGUUUGUAUAUACAAAUAAUGCACAAUGCCAACAUACGUAAGUCUGUGUAUUUUUGUAGUUUUCAUUUAGUCGACCUUUUAUGAUAUAUUUUCUGUAACUCACGGAAUCAAACUACAAUAAUAAUAAUGAUCUACAAUUGAUUUGAACAGGCACAUGUGAUAAUAAUAUGUAUAUUACUAAAUAUUUGAUAUUUUUAUGUUUAAAUUGUGUUCAGUAUUAAAAUGAAAUUAAAGAUCAUUAAGGUACAAUUUUUGUGUAGUUAUAAGCGUACUGAUGUGAAUAUAUGAACUGAUGCACACUCA